CUUUAGGGUCGAAGAGAUACGCGGCACAUUUGAUGGAGUUUCGAGAGGUACUUGCCUUAGCUAAGAAAAAACAAACUCGACAUGAUGAUGAGGUUAAACGUAUUGAAGAACAAACAAAGCGACGUGAACUCGAGAAGAAAAAGCAAAUGGAGAUUGCGGACAAGUUGAAUCGCAUGUUCACCAAACCUACACUUUUGCCCACUAAUAAUGUAAAGAUCCCGAACCAUAGUAACGCUAAUAAAUCUCUUUCUUUUGCAACUACAGCGAAGGAUCCAACACUAAAAUCUCAAACAUUCAUUUCAAACACGACUUCAGUGUGCAAACCUGAUAAGACAACUACCUGUAAAGAUACAACAGAUGGAAAAGUUGUUAAAGCAGCCCUCAAGUCACCGAAAGAUAAUGUCGUAUCGUGCCCCACAAAGCCUGACUGCAAGAAAAAUGGUGAUAUUCAGUCAAAGCCCAACCGACUUUCCUUCACAGAAAUGAUGGAACUGGCUAAAAAAAACGUACACCACACUCUAGAUAAGAAAAGACCGUUUGACGAUCUUAUUCCUUGUUCUGUAGAUUCCAAAUACCGGAAGUUAGACUCUAGUCUUGUUGACAGUUCCAAACCCAUUCCUAAUGCUUUAAAAAAUGUGUCUAAGCCUAAGUCACACGUGGGAUCAAACCUACCAGAAUCUUUGGUUCCCCAAAAAGCAAAGUUACCAAAGCUUUCCAACUCCAUUGGUUCGAAGGGUUUUGAUAAAACAGACCGCGGAAGCGUGAUGGAAGAAGUUGUCCAACAUCUUGAAAAAAGCAACCGAGUUCCUUACAAACCGCUCCAUAAGAAUAACUUAUCUGGUCAACGUACUACCAAUCUAAACCGUCCCUCAAAACUAGAAAUGACUGACUCCAAAUCUUCAGAGCUGACUAAGACAUCAAAAAUCAAUCCACUUAAAGAAUGCAAAGCACUACCUAAAAGUUCCACUAAUUCAAAGUUGGUAAAUUCUAAUUUUGUUAAUAAAGGAAAGUCAGUAACUGCACCAUCUAAAAAAAUAGUCUCCCGAACGUCUGAUAAUGUAAAAGCUCCUUCAACGAGAAACUUUCCGGCGUCAAAUAAAGAUGCUAUCAAGAACGUUCACAUGAACAGUAACCAGAAAUCAAAAGAAAAUCCUCAGUCUAGAAGUGUUGAUAACAGAACCCAAAGGACAGGUAUAGCUGCACAGUUAGGCAUAAGCUUCCAGUCUCAAAAUAGCGCCAAUUUAUCCGUCUCUGAUUCUGCUGAAGAUGAUGAGUAUAUGAGUGAUGAUAGUUUCAUAGAUGACAGUGAGGCACUCCAGUCAAAAGAGUACGCUCGAGUCGUUCGUGAUAUCCAUCGUGCUUUGAAGUUUGAUCCUCGGAAGUACAAGGAUGUCAAUCCAUAUGAAGAUCUACGGUGUAUGGAGGCAAAAUACUGUGAUAUAGAAAAAGAAGAACGUAGAAGUGCACGUCUAGCAGCUCUGGAAGACAACGAAGAACUCAUUCGUGAUAUGAUGCGACGUAAAGAGAAAAUGGCGAAAAAAAGGCAGCAAUUUCUAAACGACAAUGAUAACGAUUAGUUUUUUUUUCACAUUAUGAUUAUUACUACUAUUAUUUUUUCUACUUCAAGUUCACCGUUGUCUUUCUGUGAAAUGUAUAUGCUUGUAUUAUUACUGUUGUGCAAAUGUAAUUUCUUGUCUGUUUUUAAAGUGUAUAAUUGAUUACAUUGUAUUUUUUUUUUUGAAAAAUCUAACAAGGUAACAAUAUAAUCUAUGUG